AUGCAGAGGGGCGCGCAAGGUGCUGUGCGCCCAAAAUCAAAAUUAUUAAUCAUUAUUACUAUACAUGUUUUGGUGUUGUGUUCAUCAUUGAUUCGUUUGUCGGGUGCUGCACAAGAACAACAAAAUAUUGAUGAAUCAGAAUUACUGUUGAAAUUCAAAAGCUCCCUGCAAUCGAAUAAUGGAGGGGAGGUUCUUGCAGAUUGGAAUGCCUCUAUAAAAGGUAGUCCAUGCUCGGGUAAUAAUGGAAACUGGGAUGGUGUUCUGUGCUUCAAUGGGUACAUAUGGGGUUUGCAGCUUGAGAACAUGUCUCUCAAGGGACAAAUCGAUGUGAACUCCCUAGUCCCUCUCCGUUUCUUGAGGACGCUUAGCUUCAUGGGAAACAACUUCCAAGGGUCGAUGCCUGAUUGGAGGAAGCUUGGUGCUCUAAAGUCGUUGUUCUUGUCCAACAACCAGUUUUCUGGUGAUGUCCCACAAGAUGCUUUCAAGGGUAUGACUUCUUUGAAGAAAGUUUAUAUGUCAAACAACCAAUUCAGUGGACCCAUUCCAGCAUCUCUUGAAUCCCCUAAACUCAUUGAGUUGAGGCUUGAGAACAAUCAAUUCAUCGGCACCAUACCUGCUAUCAGCUCCGAUAAUCUUAAGCUCCUCAACGUCUCUAACAAUCAAUUGGAAGGUCCCAUCCCUGCCCCUCUCUCCAAAUUGGAUCCAUCCUCCUUCUCAGGCAACAAAGCACUAUGUGGGAAACCUCUAGAUGUAGCAUGCGAUGAUGCAUUACCAAAUGAGGAUCCAUCUAAUUCUUCCCAAAACAAGUCAUCGUCGUCUAAAAUUGGAAUAAUCAUAGGAUGUGUUAUAGGUGGGGUAUUGCUUCUCAUCAUUAUAGUGGCGCUUCUUCUCAUGUGCCGAAAGAAGAGCCGCGGUGGUACCGAAACUAAUCCACAAUUGGGGAGGACAGCAUCGGCAAGGGGCCUCCCAGAAGUGGGCGGCGGUGGUAGCAGCCCACCUGUAACAGUUAAAAAACCGGAAAAACAACAGCAGCAGCCAGGUAAGCUGUCGUUUGUGAGAGAAGACAGAGACAAGUUCGACUUACAGGACCUGAUGAGGGCUUCAGCUGAAGUCUUGGGAAGUGGAAACUUUGGGGCUUCCUACAAGGCUGUGUUGGUUGACGGUGAGGCACUUGUUGUAAAGAGGUUCAAACAAAUGAACACCAUCGACAAGGAAGAUUUUCACGAGCACAUGAGAAGGCUCGGUAGGCUAAAGCACCCCAACCUUCUCCCUCUCGUCGCCUAUUUGUACCGCAAAGAAGAGAAGCUGUUGGUGUUCGACUACGUCCACAACGGCAGCUUGGCCUCACAGCUUCACGGAAAGCACUCCCCAGGGCUGAGCUGGGCAACAAGGUUGAAGAUAAUCAAAGGAGUUGCAAAGGGUAUGGUUUAUCUCCGAAACGAGCUUCCAAGCCUAACAGUGGCACACGGGCACUUGAAAUCAUCAAACGUGCUUCUAGACAAAGAGUACAACCCAUUGCUCAUGGACUACGCUCUUGUGCCGGUGGUGAACUCAGCACAAGUCCACCAAAUACUGGUGGCUUACAAGUCCCCUGAAUACGCCAAAAACGGCCACACCACCAAGAAAACGGAUGUUUGGUGCUUGGGAAUGUUGAUAUUAGAAACACUGACAGGAAAGUACGUGGCCCAUCAGGGUUCAGCUGCUGAGUUGGCAGCAUGGAUCAAUGGCAUUGGUGAAGAAAGCACAGCAAGUGUCUUCGACAAAGAAAUGGAAGAUUAUGACGUAAUGAUAAGCAGCAUGGAAAUAAAGAGUGAAAUGGAUAAUCUUUUGAAGAUUGGAAUAAGUUGCUGCCAAGAGGAUCCAGAUAAGAGGUGGGAUUUGGAUGAGGCUCUUCAACGCAUUGAAAAAGUUCAAGAAUCCUCUUUCCUCUCAUCCGUCGUCUCUAAUUAAUCAUCAUUCAAUAUUUCUCUAAUAAUUAUCAUUCCUAGCUCCCAUCCCAUCCAAUCCCAUCCAAUCCCAUCCUCAAUAAUAUAUUAUAUUUCGACUUCGCAGCUAUAAUAUCCUAUUCGUUCCUCGAUCAAUCAAUCAAUUAAUAAAUAGAUUUCGAGUCAUUAAUUAUUACUUGAUUAAUUUUGUACAAAACUGAUAAGUAUUCAGGUUUUGGUUUUUUUAUUUUUUGUUUUUGUUGUCGAUCGGUAGAAUUAUAUGUACGUACCCUUCCUUAUUUCACCCAUAUGCCACUUAGGGAAGUGAAUAUAGACAAUUUUGUGUUGCUUGUCAAUAUAAUGUUAUUGCAGGAUU